AUGAACGAAAUUGGAUCUCUAGGAGACAUUGUCAUGUCCAAUGCAACAUUCUUUGAUGAAAUCCUAAGUGAUAAAGAAGAUGAUCUCACCCUUGUUACCUUCAAGAAAUUGUACCAAGUAUGCUAUUCUGAUGUUGGGUCAAACCGCAGGCAAGAGGAGGAACAAGCGAUGUACAGUUUUGAACUGUUCCUCCAGGAUCUAGCAGAAGGCGAAACCCCAGAGCUGAAGCUAUCGGAUCUCCUGAUAUUUCUAACAGGAGCAGAGAGAAUUCCUCCCCUUGGAUUUCCUAGUUCACUUGUAUUGGAGUUCUACGACAACAUUGAUGGAGAAAAGCGAUUACCAUGGGCAUCCACCUGCUCUCUCACCCUCCACCUUCCAAGGCAAAACAAUUCACCAGAAGAGUUGAAAUGUCUUCUUCGUCAGAGUCUUCAAGAUUGUCAAGGUUUUGGAAAGUGUUAG